AUUGGGCGACGCUGCUGCAAUACAGUGUGUCUUGACUAUCGAGUGUGUUUUUAUUUCUUCCGGCAGUGUAUAUGGAAAUGUACUAACGCGGAACCAAUGGAUCCCAUACCGGAGACCGAGAGUCAAAAGGUCGACAUUUAUAGGGACACAUGGGUUCGGUAUUUGGGAUAUGCCAACGAGGUGGGCGAGGCAUUUCGUGCCCUUGUGCCUGUCAGCAUGGUAUGGGCGAGUUACGCCAUCGCUACGGCAUAUGUGUCAGCUGACGCAGUGGAUAAAGGCAAGAAGGCAGCUGUGGCUCACGAUGAUCACCCGGGGAAGACUACGCGUGUAGCUGUGGCCGUCGUGGACACGUUCGUGUGGCAGGCGUUGGCGUCUGUGGCCAUUCCCGGCUUCACCAUCAACCGUGUGUGUGCUGCGUCCCUCUACCUGCUGGGCAAAACCACGCGCUGGCCUUUACCCGUGCGCAAGUGGACCACCACUGCCAUUGGCCUUUCUACUAUCCCUUUCAUUAUCAAACCCAUCGACAGGUCUGUAGACUUCCUCCUGGACUCCAGCUUGAGGAAGGUGUACGGUGGAGGAGAAAAGCAUGAAUGAAGACCAGGCAGCCGACGUGAAGCCGAUGUACACACGUCCACGUGAAACCUCACCAGAUCACAGCAGCAGCAGAGGCCGAUUUUUCAUUUCCAUAUUUCAUAAUGUUUCACCAUGACGCACAACCUCAUCGAGUUUCUAGGGGCGUACCGAUACAGCAUACCCAUAGUUUGAUACGAGGCCCUCGAUCCUAUUCACAGAUUCAUUAUACUGCAUAAAAAAAGUAGACCAUUUUUCAUAAAAUACAGCAUAUAUACAAUCUGUCUGAAUCGAACAUACAAACUUAUUAUUAUUAUUAUUAUUAUUAUUAUUAUUCAGGUGAUGCUUAUUUUUGCUGUAUUGAAACUGCAUCGAGACACCACCAUAAGAUAUCAUAUCGAAUUUGAAUUUUGUGUAUAGUUACACUCUGAUGAGUUUCAUAUACUGUAAGAAGCACAACACUAAUGGUGAUGUGUGAUAAUGCUGAAAAAAACUAUUAUGGUCUAAGAAAAAAAAGUUACCAGUAUAGCUGGCUUCAACAUUUGAUAGGUGUACAUCACAACAUGAACAAAUAGAGUCUCUUGCACAGGACCUCAGUUCCCUAGUGUUACUUGGUCUCUUUUAUUUCUUUCCUUUUUUUUAUUUUUAUUUUUUUUUAAGUAUUUUAAAUAGUAUCAUAUUGGAAACUUUUCCUCAGACAGUUAUAUUUGCCUUGCUAAUCUUUAGUCUAAUAUACUCAUAGAUAAAAACAAUGAAAACAUUAUUGUACAAUGUAUAUUAAUUUUCUAUACCUCACAUAAUUGGUGCAUUAUAUGCAUAAUUGGUAAGAUUUGACUUAGUUGUACCUCGUGCAUUAUAUCGAAAUGUCCAGAUGGUUAUCGGAACAGAUAAGUAAGAAAGUUUGUGAGAGCACACUAUGCAAAAGACACCAAGCCAUAAGUUGCUAAUUCUAGCAAGAACUGUAUAAAAUAAAUAAAUGAAUAAAAGAUGUGAAACCAUAAUUUGUCCCAGCAAAGAGUUGGCUGUGAUGCCAACAACAGAAAUAGUAAAUAUUUUUGAUUCUGUAGGUGAACUUUAUUACUUUCUAUCUUUCUGAAUAUUCACAUAUCUAAUUCGGAUACAUAUCUUAUACAUGCAUUUAUGACUACUCAAGAAGCAUAAGGGAAACAGUGUUUUAUUUGUUUACAUGUUGUUGUUUUUUAAAGGAAAUGUUUGUUUUCAUGUUAUAGGGCAUCAAAUAUAUCAGUAUGAAAUGUGACAUUGAAAAUUAGAAGGGUUUAUUUUUUUAUUAAUAAGGUGUUCAUUUUUAGCUGUUCUAUGAUAACAUUCGAUUUUUUUUUUAAAGAUACUUUCGUUGAAAAAAAAAAGAGGAUGUUUUAAAAUGUAAUAAAACAAACAAAAAAAAUAUGCUGUAACAAAGUCCAUAAUAAAGUGAACUGUAAAGAAA